AUGUCGUUCGCUGAAGUCGGAGAGUCCCUUGGCCCUAUAACUGCCACAGCUCAGCAAACAACGAACUUUCACUAUUAUAAUACUCAGGGUGAUUCAGAUAACGAGCAUGAUUACGUAGGGACUCCGCCUUACUCAAACGACGAAUCUACACUCGAAGGUGACAACAGCGAGGAAGGAAUGGAAGGUGUCUCUGACAACGAACAAAUUACUCAAAAUAUCCUCCCUGUACAAAAUCAAGGAUUUGAAGGUGGUAGCGACUUUAAUACAAAUACACCUCCAUCAAUACCUGCAUCAACAUUGUCUGCUCCGUCUUCUUCAACUAGAUCUCUUGGAUCUGAUAUUCAAUUUAGCGAUAGAUUGCUUGCUUUCAAUACGAUGCAUGUACGAAAUUUAAAUAAUAGAGAUCUUCGUCAAAACCAUCAUGUUGGCAGUUAUAAUAUACCUCCUUUUCCUGAUGGCUUUCCAGUUCCUCAACCACAGUCAAUUUUUAGAUUUCCUAACGUGAGUCAACCUCCUAGCUAUACUGUUAGAAAUGAUGUUACUGUAUCUCAAUCAACGACAACAUCUUCAAAUGUUUCUCAACAAAAGCAAAGUCCUUUGAGAGCAAGGUCAAUUUCAAAUGAUUGGCCUAAUACCACUUCCAAUUCUCAUUUUAUUCCAUCAUCUAUACAAUUUGGUUCUUUGGAACCUAUCAAUCGAGAUGGUAUCGGUGGUAGGUCUACUGUUGGUAAUAGCUUGCAAGCAUCUACCCGUUCAUCUUCUCCGCUUAAUCGUUCGACACCGGGAAAUCAUGCUCCGGUUAUUAAUAAUUAUCAGGAUGUUACCGAUUCCCCUUCUACUCCUUUAUCUCCUCCAAUAAAUUAUAUGCCUCAUUAUAUCCCACAUCCUAAUCGUAUUCCUACUUAUGUCGCAUACAACCAAUCUUCUAAUUCCUCUCAAUCAUCAUCAUCUAUACCGAUACGUCCACAGUCUCAACAAACCUUUUUCAAUCGUAUGCCAUAUGUUGGUAACGCAUCAAGAAGAAAUUUUCCAAAUCCAACUCAACCAUUAGAUACUUCUUUAAGAAGACCAUCACAUCAUACUAGUGACGAGCAACAAUCUUAUAAUAAUUACACUUCAGUUGGCUCUGAAGCGUCCAAUGUAAUAUAUCCUGAAGUGGUAUCUUCGCAGCCUGAGCGAAGGCAACAUCAUUCAAAUGUUAAUGUACAUAUACAAAAUGUGUCACAAGGGCCUAGGGGAUCAUCGUCUUCCAGAUGGACGUCUCGUGAUUCUUCAAAUAGAAAUCGUGAUGUGUUUAGAUCAAUCAUUCCAAAUCCACAUCUUCGUCGUACAGCGAUUCGUCCAAGUACUUUCACGGGUGCUAGUAAUCAUUCAACUCUUAAUGGUCCAAUGCAGGAAUCCUCUAGAGUGAUCGGAAGUGAUGAGGAGCCAGAUACUGCUAUUGAUUUGCCAGAAAGUUCAGAUAAUGAAGUUAAUAUAACAACUACUCCUAAUCGUGUUACACCAUGGACAAAUAGAAUUAUUAGACGUCAUGAUAUACGUCAGGAUUCUAAUACACGUGACUCGCGGCAACCUAUAAAUCAUCGAACUUUAGUGUCAUCGGCAUCUACAACAAAUGCUGCAAGAAACAAUUCUUCUGAAAAUCCUGUUUUAGAUGAGCAAUUGACAAGAAGGAUACAGCCAACUGAAUUCAGCUCUACACAUCAAAAUCUCAAUGACGAGCAUAGUCCAUUGUCAAGGAUUUUUGGAAGUCGAGUUCGUCCCUCAUCUCGCCGUGAUACGGGAACGAAUUCGUCAACAACUUCACGAAGUGGUUCUGUCAGGAGAGAUACACCAACGCGUGCACCAAUACCCAGAUUGCCAGACAUGUUGUCACAUCAUGACCGUCAUCAUAGUGAAGAACGUGGAAGUGAAUCUAGGUCCCGUGCUCAUGGUUUACGCAACGGUCAAUCAAGGAACGUAAGGCAAGGUGCUCAUUAUAUACAUCAUUUCAUACCACAUUAUCCGUUAUUAGAGAAUCUUAUUGAUAAUGGUGAACUAGAAGACUACUUUAUUGAGAUGAUGCCAGAGUUUUUGGGUAAUGGUAUUGCAGCUAAUCCAGAUAACUAUCUGGAUGAAGAUGAGUUUGACUCUAGUUAUGAAGGAUUGCUUAGACUAAGUGAACGCAUCGGCGAUGCAAAACCUAAAGGUGUUCCAGAUCAUGUGGUUAAUACAUUACCCACAAAACGGUAUUCAAUGAGUAAAACUAGAAGUCUUGAUGAAAG